AUGCUAGCAAAUUUGCCAAGGAGCUCACGUGGAGACCAUGCGAAGAGAGAUGCCUGCCGUGUGGUAGCGCAGCAUUUCGCGAGCAAAGUCCGGCCGUUUGCUCGCUUGGCCAAGGAUGUGCUGGCUGGUAUACAACAAGGCUCAGAGCGGCCAGUGAGACUCACCGAGGAGUCGCUGACCGUGCUGCAGGCGGGCAUGGAAAGCGCAGUCUCACGCCAUUUCAAUGAUGGUGCCCGGUGCAUGCUCCAUGCGAACAGAACAACAAUGUUUCCUUCUGAUUUGCGAUUGGCUGCAUCCGUGAGAUCAGAUUAUGGGGCUGGCGGCCAACAGGCCGAGCAACACCUGCAGAAGCGCGUCGGCUCGGAUAUCGAGUCACGUGAAAUAGAGCGGUCAAGAGCGCAACUUGGUGCCGGAAGUGAGGCAACAGUCCAUUGCGACCUUGUCGUGGUAGGUGGGAUGCAGGUCUGUCGUGGUUGCACAAAACACGUGUCGAGGCUUAAAGAGCCCUUAUCAACCAUGGUAAGUACACCCUCUCUGUAG